GAAACGCCCGCACAUAUCUAAAGUCAAUAGCAAACCAAAAUAAAUCGCAUUGAUUGAUUGAUGCAUGCGCCUUCCUACGCUUGAUAAGGCGCUCUAUCUACUAUUCAACAACAACAACAGCAACAACAAUAGUCUACCCGCGAAACUCACUGCCUUCAAUGAUAACAGUGCCAUUCUAGAGCCGAAGCCUGGCAAUAAGUACCGACGGAGACGCAACACCUCACGCGACAGAGAGCUGUACAAGGAGCCCCGCCUGACCAAGUUGCCGUUGGUGGGCGUACUGGUGCACAGGGCUUUGCGAGCACGCGACAGUGACAAAGAGCAAGAGGAAGACGUAUUAGAAGCCAAGCAAGAAUUGGUCGAAGUCAUUCAGUCGCCGAGCGAUAACAAUCACAACAAAGACGACGCUAUCGCGAGCUGCAGCGAGAUGGUCUUGCCUUUUGGUCUCAGCCCCGACGGCCAUCACGUCGACGCCAUACAGAGUGCUCCAGCCCCGACUGCCCCGCCUGCACACAUGGUCGUGCCGCCGCCUUAUCAACGUGGCCAAACAAACAUAUACACGGGCGUCCCCAUCAUUCUCAAUCCGUACAUCGACUUUAUUGUGGUCAAUGGCGAUGAUCGCUACAUGAUCCGCUGCAAACGGAAGUCGGUGCUGGAGUGCAGUGUGGAGCUGGCGAAGCUCAUACAUGCCGGUCCCAACAGCGGACGCAAGAGCGACAACCAUUUCCAGAUACUCAACGUGGACAAGCACGACUUCGAGUCUAUCGUGCGCUACAUGGAGGAGCAUUUCAUAAGAUUCGACGAUCACAAGCAUCUGCUCAAGAUACUCGAGCUAGCUGAUCGCUUCAAUGUGCCCGAUUUGAUCAUCUACUGCAUACGUGAACUGGAUCUCAGCAUUUCGAGCGCCACUGCGCUGGACAUAUUCAAGGCGUUGUGGUUCUAUCAGGGCAUUGCGCUGACUAACCAACACCAGACGGUAAUCACCACCCAAGAGACUGCACAACAGAUAGCGCGCAAACAGGCCUCGAAAGCGAAGGCGGCUGCCAAGCAACUGGCAACGGCGAAGGCUGCACAGGCGCAGGAGAACGGCGACGGCGAUGGCGCGCAGAUCAAUCUCAUACCUAAUCCGAAUCCCUUUACCACCGAGGACUAUGGCGUGGCACUGCUGCACAACACACUCCAACUGAUCGAUAUGCAUGCGGAGCUGCUGCUGUCGAAGCGCGAAGUCUCGGAGCUGCGUUUUGAGGAGCUGGAGACAAUUGUUAAACGGGAUACCCUGCAGCUGCGCUCUGAGAUGACGCUCUUCGACUGCCUGGCUGAAUGGAGUCUGGCCGAGUGCGGACGCAAGAAUCUCGAUCCAACGCCAGAGAACAGACGCACGGUUCUGGGGCCACUUUGUCUGACUCCACGCUAUCUAAGAAUGACCGCCACCGAGUUCAGACGCUGCUGUGAGCGUAUCGAGCUACUGCCACCUUUGGAAAUUUCGCUGAUCAGCGAUGCGCUGGAGGGCAAGAAGCUUAAAAACCUCACGGAUCAGCAGAUCGAACUGUUCGAAAAGUUCCGUACAGCAAGGGCCGAGUAUGCCAAGAUGCCCGUGCAUCUGAGCGAUCGCAGCGAUCCAAAGAACUAUCCGAAGAAGAUGCGCCAAGCACAGGAUGGUCGCUCCACCGAGGAGGGCUGCUGGCAGAAGGUGGGCAUGAACUGUCUACGCGUCUUUGUCUGCAUUUUCGAUUGAAAUACGGCCGUUGCCGGCGCCAAAUGGCGCUGCCGCCACUCCACAUAGACUUGUUGCAUAAACGAAUAUUAGCGCUUAUGAAUUAUAGUCAUUUAUAUAAUUAUACUUACGUUAGUCUUAUGGAGAAUUUAUACCAGGAGCCGGAACUGGACACAUUCUGGAUGCAAUUGAAUGCAUGGCAGUGAUUUUAUAGCAGCAGUUUCUAAUUAAAUGAAUACAUACCUAGUGUUACAUAUACAUACAUACAUAUAUAUUUACUGAUAUAUACUGAUAUAGGCGAAUAUAGGCUAAUCUGUCAAAUCAA